CAAAUUAUUAUUAUAUGACAAAUAUUUAAAAUUUCAAGUCUAUCAUACUCACAAAGUAUUUUUAUUUAUUUAUAAUAAAUUAAAGAAAAAGACAUUCACUUUUCUUUGGUAAAAAUAUCGAGUCAUCGUAUGAUUAUUCAAAAAUACAAUAAAGUUUUCUUGAGGUUUGUUAAAAAAGGUCAAAUAUCUACUUAAAAAAUUUGUCUUUUUGGUAAAUCUUAAGGUGAUAUAAAUUUAUGGGAGAUUCUUAAAAUCUUUGAAAUUUAAGAAAAUAUCCCUAAAUUUUUUGAAAUCUCGGAGGACGGGAUUAUCUUUUUUCUAAAGGUUGAUGUCUUUUGCAAAAAUAAUCUUACCCGUAAGUAAAAUUUUUAAUAUAUAAUGGAAAGAUGAAUUUAGAGAAUUAAAUAUAAAUUUAAUAAAAAAUUAACAUAAUAAAUUUUUUUCGGAGUUUACCUAAAUUGAAAUUCAAAUUAUUGGAAACAUAUCAACUUGGUGUCAAUUAGAUUUGGCGCACAGUAAAAGCGUGCGUAAUUAAGCGCCAGGAUCAUUCAAGAUCCUUCAAACACGAUUUAUAGUCAUCACUCUGCCUUUCUGCUCAAAAUAGAAAACCCACUUGCAGACUCUCUCUCUCUCCCUCUCCCUCUCCCUCUCCCUCCCUCUCCCUCUCCAAUGAAACCCUGUCGCAGAGCUGGCUUCUUCUCUUCAUCGUCCACCACCGUCACCUACUCUUACCAAAAUGGCCCAUGUCUCCCUCAAUCCGAACCCCAAAUCACCGAAAUUCCCAUCGACUCCCCCUCCGGCGACGCUCCCGUGACCGUCGCCGUCCACCUCCCCACCUCCCUCUGCCAUUCCGCCGCCGCAAAGAUACAGUCCGCCUACCGCUCCCACGUCGUUCGCGCCCUCGUCAGGAAGAUCGCCGCCGCCGAUUCCGAAGCCACGCGGCUGGAGCGCCUGAUCCAGCGCCAGGAGACCGUCGACGCUAUCCGCGGCGACGAUCGCGAGAGACUGAGGAUCAACGAGUCGCUGAUGGCCCUGCUCCUGAGGCUCGACUCGGUGCCGGGGGUCGAUCCGGCGGUGCGGGACCUCCGGCGGUCCGUGAGCCGCCGGAUUGUGGGGCUGCAGGAAAUCGUGGACGCGAUCUGCGACGCGAGAGCGCUGGACUGGUAUGGGUUUCUGAGUGAGUGGGACUGGAAUGUGGCGGAGAUAGAAGAUCGCGCGUGCAGAGAGAGGGGUGGAGGCGACGAAUUGGAGAGGUACUGUGCUGAGAAUUUAGGGUUCCGGUGUUUACAGAGAUUUCUACGGCAGCCGUGAAAUCAAGGCGACUUGUAUAAGUAGUUUUCAGUCUGUACUCUGUCCUCACUAUUUGUAAUUACAAAAUUAUCAAUGUAACUGUUUAUACAAAAAAAUAAUAAUAACAAGCCAUCUUUUAUUAGUGAAA